AUGACGCCGGAGUUGUGCUCGGACUAUUUGGCCUGCUGCUAUCUCUUCCAAGAUUCUUUUGCGUAUAUCAAGGGAAUUAUCAGCAUCUGCGUCAAGACUCCCGUCCGUGAGAAUCUUAAUAAUGCCAACCAUUCUGUCGAAUUAGAAGGCUUCCGUAGCUCAGUUGUAUCCGGUAAUGCGAAGGUCUCAGGUUCAAGCCCUGGCGGGAGCAAUCCCAGUGCCCUCCGAUUCGGUUUUUUGUCGUCUCUAAGUAUCUAUCUAGGUUCUAAGGCAUUCUUAAAAGAGUCCAGUCGGAGGGAUACCCCAGGCGAUCUGCCUGAAAAGAUGGACAUUGAUGAUAAAGAGUUUUUAUAUUCCUUUCCGAUGUGCCUGAGUAUAUGCAAGCAAUGCCUUGAGUUGGUCGAAAAAGGCGUCUCAAGUCAUGUUUUUCUACCAUUUGACAGCUUAUUUCUACACAAAAAUGAUACUGCAAUUCCACAGGAGAUUAGUAAACUAAUGCGAAAGGAAAGUUCUCCUGAUACGUGGAAAGAGGCUGGAUUCCUGUUUGCCUUCGUUUGGGGCAAUGAACAGAAAGAAACUUCAAUCUCAUCGUCCUGGUGGAAGCAAGUCGAGAUAUCAGGUAUAUCACCUACGCAUUUCCUGGCUAUUAUUUGUCGGAUAAUUAUUCAUCAAACUACCAUCUCCCACCCAGACUUAGAGAAGGGAUUUGCAUCAGAAUAUGUCACAGAACAAUUCAUUAGCUUGUUUUAUCUGGACACAAUCGAAGAUUUGUUGGAAGCAGAUCUAUCAACGCGAGAUUUCAAGAGAGAGUUUCUACAGCACUUUACCAAACAUCACACAUGGUCCGAACUAGAACCAGAGGACAAAGGAUCAAUUGAACGUGUCCAGAACUGCCAACAGAGAGUUCUAGAUAACGUGAUUCGACAUAGCAUGGAUAGUGCAAAACAUCACUCUUCCGUCCAGGAGACUUCGCCCCAGGCCACACCCUUGCAAACGGAUGUCCGAAUGACCCAAUCUCUUAGUCUUGGUUCCAACAAUUCAUCCUCGCGCUCCACAAGCUCUUCACAUGGUCGUCAAAGAUACCUCAGCUCACUGAGCAACAAUCCUGCGAUAACUCGAUCAACAGCAUCAGGAUCCUCUCGAAGGUCUUCCAUGAACUCGUUUCGGAGAUUUCAAGCAGCAAAUGCAGCUAUUACAAUACGUCUAAAAGACUAUCAGGGUUCGCACAUGCAAAGUUUGGAUGAACAAGGCAGUAGUACUUAG